AUGCGAGACCACAAGGGGGCGCCUUUCUCUCCAACCCUCCUUUUCACUAGUUCCAUCUCGAAUAUUAUCUGCUCCGUGAUUUUCGGGAAAACAUUCGAGUAUUCGGACUCCAAAUUCCAGAAGUUACUCGCCACGAUCAAUCGUGCUUUUGAGCUGACCGGCGCCGGAGGACCAUUAGUAUUCCUGCCCCUUGCCCAAAAGUUAACAUGUCUCCCAUCAUAUCGUGAGCUUCAGCGCUGUAUUGGUGACAUUUUAGAUUUUGUUCGCGAGGAAAUCGAAGCACAUCGUUCAACCCUCGACGUUGACGACCCGAGAGAUUUAAUAGACCACUAUCUGAUAGCCGAACAACACCGCAAUCUCGAUGAGAAACAAAAUGACAUCUCAAGUCACAUAAACGCCGACAACAUGGUCAUCACAAUUUUUGAGAUCUUCAUCGGCGGUACGGAGACCACUGCAAACUCUCUUCGCUGGGCGGUACUUUACUUGAUGGAGUACCCGGAGGUUCAAACCAAAAUCCAGCAAGAGAUCGACAGAGUGGUCGGAAGGAACCGGUUCCCGCGCCUCGCUGACCGGCCCAACAUGCCGUUCAUAGAGGCGACCAUCAUGGAACUUCAGCGCAUCAUGCCGGUCUCACCCCUCCCUCUUGCACGCUACACAUCCAGCGACACUGAAAUACAAGGUUAUAGCAUCCCCAAAGAUACCAUCGUCUUAGCUAACCUCAUGUCUGUUUGUAAAGAUGAGUCUCUGUGGGAGAAGCCCGAUGUAUUCGAUCCUGGACGAUUCAUCAAAGAUGGGAAGAUGUUUCAACCAGAUGAUUUUCUUAUCUUUGGUGCAGGUCGCCGGGUGUGUCUUGGCGAAGGUCUUGCCCGGAUGGAGCUCUUUAUUAGCCUCUCAAACCUUCUUCAUCAAUUCACCUUCAAGAAGCCAGAGGAAACCACCAUCUUGUCAUUCAAAGCUACCGAGGCACUGACGAGAGCCCCAUUAUUUGAGUACGAAACACGGGUGAUAUUGCGCGACUAA